AUGGGGUCAUCAAACGAGGACCAGAUCUUGGUACAGACUGUUGUUCCUCAGAGGGUCAGACCAUUUGAAGUCCGAAUCACCAUUUUGGUCGGAGAUCAGGGCCAUCGAUGCUAUCGCCGUGUCUUGUGUCGUUAUGUCGUUGUGCGACGAGAGCUUCCCGUGGCUAGUUAUUGCCCUGGGCAAACAGCCCCAGUUAUGUAUACCGUACAUAAUACCGGGUUGAGCCUGAUCGGCCGGGACUUGACAACUUUGGAGAUUGAUAGCGGCACCAGUUCUCUGGACCAGUGCUGGCCAAAAUUUGGCGGCUAG